AUGCCUCACUUUGCAAACCCUCUUUUAAGAAACAUCAUUACCAGAAAUCCAUUCGAUAACAUCAAGAGGAAGCGAUGCCUCCAAUAUUUGAAAACGCUGAAAACACUGCAAAAUGAUGGAUUUAAGACCAUAUAUUUUGGAGAAACCAAUAUUGCCGAGAGUCUUGUCGCCGGAGAAGAUUUCAGUGACGGGUGUUUCAUGCAAACUCCAACUUGGUGUAUCGUGCAUGCUGGUGGUAGUCAAGGAUGGGUGCCUUGGAAGUACCAGACGUUCCUUAGAGAUGAGGUAUGCAUCAAACAGGAAGACAGCCUCUUCUCUGAGUUCUGUGAUGUGGCGAGGAAGGCCUACGGGAAGUGCGCCAUUGUGGUCAAAGAGAGAAGGCAGCGAGACAAGAAGAAGCCAGAGGAAGACAAAGAGCCAGAGGCCCAGAUCCAUGCCCCAUCGGUCAUUAACCUAAAGAGCCUUGUGUGUUGCCCGGAGGUAGCCAAGUCCUGUGGCCACGAACUACUCUCUCUGCCUUCCCUUUACAAUUACCUAAACCCUUUAGACUCAGCCUGGUCUUCUUUGAAAUGGUUUAUCAUCAAUAACAGAAAGGAGUUUUGCUUUCAGUACAUUGACAGUGUCUAUUCUUACCAGUACAUACUUGUCAGAGAUUUAAUUAGCAAAGGGAUCGAAAGGAUAAACCCAAGCAAAUGGAAAACACUAACCAACAAAGUGCGGAGAUGGGAAAACUACUAUCUUGGUAAAUUUUCUUAA